UUGUCUGAUUUUUAUUGUUAUAAUUUAAUUUGUUAUCAAACCGAAAAACUGCUAUCACAGUGCAUUUAUAUUAAUCAUUCACUUACUCAACCCAAUGUAGUGAUCGAAGAAUGUUGGCCUCCAAGUAGAAAGAUGGGAUAGGGGCUAAACCUUACAAGGAAUUAAGGACUCUCGUAAAUAAUGUCAGGUCUACAUAAUGUUAUGUACACAGCAGAUAAGAGGAUAGUGCUAUUGUUUAUAUUCCGUCGCAUAGUAUAAUUAUAGCUCUAUCAUACCAACUACUCAUUUAUUGUUAUGAUGCAUUGCAGGCAUUGCGAAGGCAAAAAGUGAUUCAAAACUAAAAACAGUUUGAUAUGAGGUUUCCAUGUCUCUAUACUUGACUAACCGAGUCGAAGUACUGGGACAGCCCAUAGCUUGUAUGUUUAAACGUUAAUUAAUUUUUUAGUCGCAGGGUUCUUCAUUUUCUCUGUCAUGAUAAUAUUGUCUUAGGUUAAGUGCUUUUCUAUAUCAUAGUUUAUUAUAUUCCUAAAUAUAUCUAGAAGUGUCAUCUCGUAUUUCACUAUAUGCAGGUGUAAAGAAUUAUCAAAUUUCAUGUACGGGGAAGAUGUUUUUGGUGGCUCGUCAACAAACAAAGUAGAUCACUUGGGACAAUGGUUUCAAAAAGACUGCUUCUUCUGGCUUUCCUGUUUGCUUUCUUCCCUUACCUUAAGUACAUCCUUACACAAGAAUACUGUCGCCAUUUGGUUUUUGACGCAGAGGAAAACGAUCAAACCGUUUUUAGCUCUGAUUGGCUUGUCAAGAGCCUAGCCGUCCAAUCAUCUGGCUCCUGCCAGCAACAUUGCUUCCUUCAUCCUGACUGCACAGCCUACACGUUCUGUCCCGAGGGGGGUGGGGGCGGUGCCUGCUCUCUCCUGGGAUCGAAUGACAACUUAACCUUGACUGGAAAGAAGGGGUGUACGUUCCAAAAGGCGCAGAACAACUGUGAAAAUAGACAAUGUCUACACAAUAAUAUGACCUGUCAGACUGGUUUUGGGGAACUUGGCUUCCGAUGUGUGUGUCCUUUAUGUUUUCAUGGCGAAGACUGCGAAGAGGUAAGCCUUGGGAAGCAGGUGCUUGAGUUCCCGGAGCCCAAUUCCACCAAUCGCCUCGAGUAUUUCAAUGAAAAACCCCGCCAAAUCUACAACAUUACUGUAUGCCUGUGGUUCCAAGCUUCAAAGCAGUCGACCGAGUCCUCCACCGUAUUUAGUCUUGCAACAAACCAAAGCGAUAAUGCUUUCACUGUAUUUCUCGAUAAGACAAAUAGAAAGAUCGCUCUUUAUCUUCAAACUGGAAAGCCAGUAAGCUCGAUUGACGAUGACGUGUUUGAUAGUCACUGGCACCACUACUGCGCUUCUUGGACAGAUUCAACAAAUGCCUGGAAAACAUACUUAAAUGGCACCCUGAAAGAUCACGGGGAAAAAGCUCUAAGUAUGGAAGACUCGUUGCAGUGUCCUUUACAUGACGGUAGCAUAGUGCUUGGAGCGGAUCAAGAUGGCUACCAAAGCAAAUUCAAGGAACCAUUCUUAGGCAACAUGACUGCAGUGAACAUAUGGGAUCGGGAGCUUACAGAUACGGAGAUAGCCGACUUGGCUAAAGAAUGCCCCUCAGGAAUCGGGAACUUUCUAUCUUGGGAGGGAUUCCUGAUGAAGUUUUCGGACAAGACGCGAAUGAUAUGUCCGGUCGAGUGUACGCCUUACGACAGCGGUUUGUGCGAGUAGUGUAUGUAGCGACAGCAACGAUGUAACGAAAGGACUUACUAUCACGAUCAGCAAAAAAAAUGUUGUUUAGUUCUUCAGUCGUAGCAUGGCAUCAUGUACGGCUAUAUCCAAAUGAACUUUCCCAAUAAGCAUCGAUGUACCCUUCAUCUAAAGACGAUCCGUCAUCUCCCUUCGUCUCAGUCACCUCCUUCGUCUCCGUCAUCUCCUUCAGCGCAUGCUAUUGUAUCAUCGGCUACUUGUAUUUUUAAGGUGAAAUGGAGGACGAAUCUAUCGAUGCAUUUAGCAAGGAAGUCAUCUCAGACAAGAACAUGGCCAAGGACUACUUUCAACACCUAAAGACCUUGAGUUUUAAAAGAAAAAGAGGUAAGGCUGACAGCUAAAGAAAAAGAGAAGAAAAAAACCUUACGGAAACUAUAAUUGACGUAUGGUCUAUUGCUCUGGAGAUUUCAAAAAAAGAGAAAGUGUCUGUCCUAAUUAUAAGGCACCACAAGCGAAAAUGCCCGCGAGGUGCUCCUAAACAAGACAAGAUUGACAUAAUCAAAGUACAUCUUGUCAGGUCACAGAGGAAGAGGAAGAAAAAGAAACGGAGGAGAAGGAAUAAGAAGAACAGGAGAAGGAAGAAGAGGAAGAGGACGGGGAAGAAGAAGUGGUCAUAGACGAGCUGGGCAUUAGUAUUAGUAAAGAUGAGAGUGAUGGAAGUGAUAAGAGUAAUGAGAGUGACUAGCCGUUACAGACUCUGGUGACAACGCAAUUUUUGAGGUGAAAAAAUAUUUAGUUGCCCUUCCUCUAGGAUAUUCGUAUUUCAUGGUUUUAAUACUGUGCAUCCCAGUAAACGGUGGCAGUACGCCGGUGCGAUUGAAUUUGAUCACGUGAUCGCUUUUCAUUUUAUUUACCUAGUGGCCGUUAACCAUGAGCAAACAUUGAAUUUUUUAUUUGUGAUAAACCAACUGCAUGUUUGUAAUGCAACGCAAAAACAUUGUUGAUACAGGUCGUACAGGAAUAUUGUUUUUUAGUUGUUUACUUGUUGUUAUUAGUUUGCUAACAAUAAAAAAGGCUAUGACAAUA